AUUCGGCUAUUCCUCUCCUCCGCGGCGCGGCGAUUCGUCUCCUCCGCAACCUCGCCCGAGCCCCCUUCUCCUCCUCCCGGCGGCGGCGGCGGCGGAUGGCCUCUUCUGCGUCGUCCGCGGCGGCGACCCCGGCAGAGCCGCCCCGCCGCGCCCGCGACCGCAUCCUCUCCAGCAAGCUCUACUUCGACGUCCCGGGCUCCAAGGCUCCGGUGGUCUACUCGCCGGCGUACGACAUCUCCUUCCUCGGAAUCGAGAAGCUGCACCCGUUCGAUUCCUCCAAAUGGGGACGCAUAUGCAGGUUCCUCACCAAGGAAGGGCACCUGGAGAAGAACCGAGUGGUGGAGCCAUUGGAAGCAUCCAAGGACGAUUUGCUGGUGGUGCACUCAGAGUCGUACCUGAACAGCCUCAAGAGCAGCCUGAAGGUUGCCUCCAUUGUAGAGGUUCCUCCUGUAGCGCUUAUUCCUAAUUGGCUUGUGCAGCAAAAGCUACUGUACCCUUUCAGGAAACAGGUUGGUGGGUCCAUUCUAUCGGCCAAGCUUGCACUAGAGAGAGGAUGGGCCAUUAAUGUUGGUGGGGGGUUUCACCAUUGUUCUGCAGAGGAGGGGGGUGGGUUUUGUGCAUAUGCUGAUAUUUCUCUCUGCAUUCAGUUUGCUUUUGUCCGUCUAAAUGUUUCAAGAGUAAUGAUCAUAGAUCUGGAUGCCCACCAAGGAAAUGGCCAUGAAAAGGAUUUUGCUAAUGAUGGAAGAGUUUAUACGUUGGAUAUGUACAAUGCUGGAAUAUAUCCCUUUGACCAUGUUGCUAAGCGGUACAUUGAUCAAAAAGUUGAGCUAGCUAGUGGGACAAAAACAGAUGACUACUUGGAUCAACUUGAUAAGGCCUUUAAGGCCUCAAAAAGUAGAUUUCAGCCACAGUUGAUUGUUUAUAAUGCUGGGACAGAUAUCCUGGAUGGUGAUCCUUUGGGAAGAUUGAAGAUAAGUCCCGAGGGUGUGGUGAUCAGAGAUGAAAAGGUGUUUCGGUUUGCAAAGGAUCAAAACAUCCCACUGCUCAUGCUGACAUCAGGAGGCUACAUGAAGUCAAGUGCCCGAGUGAUCGCCGAUUCGAUAAUCAAUCUCUCGAAUAAAAACUUAAUAGAGCUUGGUAACCAGUUGGGCUAAACGAUUGCUUGACCUGAAGCAACAGAUCCACCAGAUGUAUAUAUCCUGUCUAUGAGAGUCUUACACUGAUGUGAUAAUGGCAUUAAUAUAAGCCACAAAAUCGUUAUCAACUGACACAGGUCACCUUGUACAUAAAUCCUGACUUGAUGUCCCAUUCUCAAUUUUGUUGUUGGCUU